UUCGGUCUACUGCUAGUUCUGUUUGGGAGGAUCUUAGAGAGCGAUUUAAUAAAAUCAAUUUAUUGCAAGUCUAUCACCUACACAAGGAGAUUGCAACACUAGUGCAGGGUACUUUGCCUGUUUCUGUCUACUAUUCUAGGUUAAAGGAUCUUUGGGAUGAAUAUGACUCGAUUGUACCUCCGCCUUCGUGUGACUGUGCGAAAUCGAAAGAGUAUAGUGAAAAUCUUCAAAAACAUAGGCUAUUACAAUUUCUCAUGGGCUUGAAUGAUGGAUAUAGCAAUGCUCGUGGUCAAAUAUUGAUGAAAACAACACCUCCUAGCAUGAAUCUAGCUUAUGCCCUUAUUGUACAAGAUGAAAAUCAAAAAUCAUCAUCAGUGGGGCAUUUUUCAUCUGGUGAGGGUAUGGAUCCCACAGCCUUAUUCACAGCACGAGGUGCACCGACUAGAAAAUUUGGUGACUUGUAUUGUGACUACUAUCAUAUGCGAGGACAUACUAGGGAGCAAUGUUUCAAAUUGAAGUUUUGUGAUCAUUGCAAAUCCAGAGGUCAUCUCAGAGAGACUUGCUACCAACUGAUUGGAUACCCAGCAGAUUUCAAAGGCAAAAAGAAGGCUAAUGUGGUAACAAGGAAUGGACAUUCAGGAGAACCUCCUCAAAGACAACUUUCUUAUGGACAUGGCAAGCAGUCUGAACAAAGUCAACUGAUCCAAGGUAACACAGGGUCGGUACAGUUGCCAACUGGAGAGACAACUAAGGUGUCUCCAAUUGGAACCUGUCAGCUAGAUGGAGGACCUGCUCACUGUGAAUGUGAGGGCGAUUGGUAAAGAGGACGAUGGACUGUACAUUUUACAAGGAAGGAAAGGACAACAUGAUACAAUUCUCAUAAAGUCUUUGGCAGUACAAGGAUCAGUAGAUGCAGUGACUUGGCAUAGAAGAUUAGGGC